AUGGCGAAGGAAAUAGAGUUUACACAUUCAGAACCUGAACUCUUUUUCUUCCUUUUGUGUUUCAGCCACGAGAAAGAUCAAGAAAGUGAAGAGGGAGUCGAGCUACGUGAAGGGGAUGGCACAAAUGCAGAUGAACAGACAGCAGUGGCCAUUGCCAGUGUCCAGCAAGCAGCCUUUGCAGACCAUAAUAUUCAGUACCAGUUUCGCACAGAGAACAAUGGAGGACAGGUGACAUAUAGAGUAGUUCAGGUGACGGACAGUCAGCUGGAUGGACAAACAGAUGCAACGGGGGCAGUCAGCGUGGUCUCGACCGCGGCUUUCACCAGUGGCCAGCAGGCUGUUGCUCAGGCCGUGAUUCAGAACCCUUUCAGUAAUGGUGGGAGCCCAGCCACGGAUGCUGUCAGCGGCGAAGCCCGCUUUGCAUACUUCCCUGCCUCCACAGUGGGCGAUGCCACAGCUGUAUCCGUGCAGACAACCGAUCAAUCGCUGACACAGGCUGGAGGUCAGUUCUACGUGAUGAUGACCCCCCAAGACGUGUUGCAGACAGGAACACAACGUACCAUAGCUCCUCGCACCCAUCCCUAUUCCCCAAAAAUGGACGGGACACGAACGCCCCGAGAUGAGAGACGAAGAGCUCAGCACAAUGAAGUUGAACGGAGGAGGCGGGACAAGAUCAACAAUUGGAUUGUACAGCUGUCAAAAAUCAUUCCAGACUGCAAUACAGACAACAGCAAGACAGGGGCGAGCAAGGGGGGCAUCUUGUCCAAAGCCUGCGACUACAUCCGGGAGCUGCGCCAGACGAACCAGCGUAUGCAGGAGACGUUCAAAGAAGCCGAGAGGCUUCAGAUGGACAAUGACUUGCUACGGCAACAGAUUGAGCAGCUGAAGAACGAAAACGCCCUUUUGAGAGCGCAGCUUCAACAACACGGGAUUGAAAUAGUGGGUGAUGCCCCGGGGCAGUAACCCCCACCUUCGCCACUGCCAACAUGCCGAAUCUCAGCCGCCGGUUCUUCUGGGUUUUUUUGUAAAGCGAAUAUUCUCCUCCCUGCAGUGUUCGCCCACCGAAACCAUCGCCUCCGAAUGAACCUUGCCUCCUUGCUUUGCGUUUGAGGGCGGGGAUGGGGGGGCAGGGGGGAGGCAGUGGAGAGAGGGGAAUUUGGGGCUU